CCUGCAGCUAAUUCACAGAGGAAUUUCAACAACCCACAUAGAGGAGCCUGAAGGUAGGUGGGGAAGGGGGGAGUGGUUUCCGGGAACAUUCAUAAGGGAACAAGAGGGAUUCAGUUUUUUCCUCACUUUGUCCCUGGUUGUAGCCUGUGUUGGAUUCAGUGAGCUGUAGAUGUGGAGGACAGACAACAAUGUGGAAAGCUGCUCUUUUUGUGCUCCUGCUGCUAAACAUGGACAAGCAGGUGAAUGGGGCUGUAGAUAAGAGUAGGGGGACUGUGGCAGAAAACCCCAGGCCAGAGGAGAAGGUGAAGGCAGAAGAGGCUGAAGGCACCAUCACAGUUCCUGCAAGCAACACUGCUUCCUCAGGUUUUGUGGGGAAAUUGCUGGUGGUCCCCAUGGAUGGGAGUCACUGGGUGGGUGUAAAGGCCCUUGCCCAAGAAAUGGGUCGGCGUGGACACCAGGUCACUGUAGUGAUACCAGAGAUCAACGUACGGAUGGGUCCAGGGAAACACUACGACACUGUGACCUAUCCUGUUCCUUAUGAAAAGGUUUUUAUUGAUUCCGUCAUGUCCUCACACAAGGACAUAAUGAAGAAAUCUGCACAGCCUUUCGUGGAGAAGAUAAGGAAACGAUUCUCACAAAUCCAGAAAAUUACAAACUUUAUCCACACCACGGCGGAAAGCCUGCUGUUCAAUGCCAGUCUCAUCUCACAUCUGGCACAGCAGGGCUUUGAUGCCGUCUUAACAGAUCCCAUGGUGCCCACAGGCUCCUUAAUAGCGCGGAAAUUUGGUGUCCCCACUGUUAAUCUGCUGAGAGGAAUUCCAUGUUCCCUGGAUGUGACGUCUGCAGGCUGCCCCUCCCCGCCCUCAUAUGUGCCUCGCUUCUUCACCGGAUACACAGAUAAAAUGAACUUCAAGCAGAGGACUAUCAACACUUUGGUGGCUCUACUGGAGCCGCUGAUGUGCCGACUGCUGUAUUGGCACUUUGACCACAUAGCUAAUCAGUUCCUGGGAGAGGAGGUGGGAAUAGCUGAAGUGCUGUCAGAAUCUGCCAUCUGGUUGCUGAGGACUGACACCAUAUUUGAGGUCCCACGCCCUCUCAUGCCUAAUAUGGUACAGGUUGGCGGAAUCAACUGCAACAUGAGAAAUCCUCUGCCUGAAGAUUUGAAGUCCUGGGUGUCAGGAGAGCAUGGGUUUAUAGUGUUCACUCUGGGCACCAUGGUGUCAGAUAUGCCAGAAGAGACAACCGCCGUCUUCCUAGAAGCCUUCAGACAGAUUCAACAGAAGGUGAUAUGGCGGUACACUGGGCAGGUUCCUGGCAGUGUCCCGGAAAAUGUGAAGAUGAUGGAAUGGGUGCCUCAGAAUGACCUACUAGCACAUCCUGGAGCUCGGGCUUUCAUCACUCACGCUGGCUCGCAUGGUCUCUUUGAGGGACUGUGUCACGCUGUUCCAAUGGUGAUGGUACCAAUUUCCGGGGAUCAGCCGGACAACGCGCAGAAGCUGGCGAGCAAAGGAGUGGGAGUGGUGUUGGAUAUUUUUUCGAUCACUACAGAGAGCCUUCUUCAGGGGCUGAAAGAUGUCAUCAAUGACACCAGGUAUAAAGAAAAUGUGCAGAAGCUGUCAACUCUCCAUAAAGACCGUGCAGUUGACCCACUCGAUCUUUCAGUGUUCUGGACAGAAUUUGUGAUGCGGCACAAAGGAGCAAAACAUCUCAGACCUGCUGUCCAUGACCUCAACUGGCUCCAGUACUUCUGCCUGGAUGUAAUAACGCUACUGGCUACUGUAGUGUUGAUUUUUGUAAUACUGAUGGUAAAAUGCUUGAAACUAUGCCUCAGGAAAUUGGGCAGGAAGAGGAAGCAGGACUAAUAUGGGGUUACAUUUUAACCUCCAUCUCAGCAACGACACAGUUAAAGCCCCCCUCCACUUUCUUGUUUCUACAGUUGAAUGUUUGUUCUUCACUGUGCAGAGUGAUGUAUGUACAGAGUUUGACACUAGAAGGAUGUUUUCACAAGUGGAAGGUUUCUCUGUGCUCACUGAAAAUCGAUCGCCUAUGAGCAUGAUUUGUGACAUCACAAAUAGUUUGGAAGUCAGUCCCGGUCCAGUAUUCAACUUAUACACUGUGACAUAGAAACUUGAACCAGUGCACAUACACUGAGGGAGGAGACAUCUUGUGUCCAGCAGGAAAUAAUUAGAAAUUAACCAAAUUUGCAUAUUCAGAGACUUUGGAGGUAGAAGGAGUAGAUGACUUUUUAAGAAAUGUGGAAAUUAUUUUUUUUUCCCGACAAAAAAACACAUCUGACACACAUUAUUGUUCCAAAGAGACAAUUUGUAUGUCUUAAUGCGUGUCUGGAGGUGAUCUUUAAGGGAGAUAUAAACCAUUAUAUCAAUACACAUUAGUGAAAAGCCAAGUUGGUUAGGGUUUAAAUGUGUAAGACCAAUAAGGAAGCCAUGGGGUGAUCAAAAAAAACAUUUAAUAAACAGAAAAUACAUUAUAGUAUUAGACUCAAUUAUGUUCUGAGCUUGAGGAAGAGUGAUGAUCAUUUGUGGUCACCCUUCUUUGGUGGGAACAGGACGUACUCUACAGCCAGAGCAACUGUAAAGGCAGCAAAGCCCCACUUGAAUCCACACAGCACAACAUCAGCCAAAGUCACACCACGAGCGAAACCACCUGUAUAUCUCCAAACCUCAUUACUGCAGAGGGAGAGUGACAGAAGACGGAGAGCAGGGUCAGAAAAAUCUGAAUUAUUAAAACGAUCAGAUAUAUUUCAUGUAGGUUUAAAAACUGACCGUGCCCAUGGAUCCUUGAGGCCCCUCCUUGCCAGCCUCUGUUGUGUGACCUCCAGUGGUGUUCCUUGUACCUUCCACAGCCGCCAGUCUGGCAGCUUUGGGUGGCCCCCGUGGUCACCUCCCAUGCUGUAAACAGACACAGAUAUAUGCAAGUUGGCAGUGGCUGUUAAUGGUAAUUGCCCCCUUAGCCCUCAUGUUGUGCCUGCCUGAAAUAAGCAAUGUUCCUCAGAGUUAGAGCAAAGUGAAAAUAUGAGACACUUAAUAAUACAAGUCUCAUCCAGAAGGACUCAGGCCCAAACAAAUUGCCCCCAAACAACAGAAGGAAAGUUCUACUUUAAAAAGUUGCAUGUCCACACCUGAACCACAGCAUAGAUCACAACCUACAGGUGAUAAGUGCUGACUCUUGCAAAUAUAACUUGGAUCAAAUUGUUUGUUUUUUUUCAGCAAGUGUGUUUAUUACUUUUCAGAGAAAACAAAUCACACUACAACAAAUAAUACAGGUGCAAAUCAGAACUGUCACAGUAAGGCUCAUCUUCAAUAAAAUAAACAAACAGGACGGGGUUGUAGCAUGUGAUAUUUGGCACAGUAAGUCAACAUAAGUCAUCCUUAAGAGUCACCAGUGGUCCAAAAGUGAACUUAUCCCGAAGUUAUCCUGAAGAGAAAAGCACUUCAAAUAAAACUAAGCAAAGACAAACAGACGUAUACUAAAUACAUAGCAAUACUCACUUGUUGAUGGUUGACAUACACAGAGCAUGCCUCCAAUGCUUUCCUCCCCUCUAAGAACACCAUAAAAGAUCUCCACAUAUUGUCAAAGACGAGAUAUUUACCCUUUAACGUAAAAGUGAGUUUUUCCAGUGCAAGACAGUCUGACAGUCCUGCAAGCCAGACACUAACAACUUGGAUCAAAUUGUUAUUAAUAUUAAAGCAAACAAAGUUUUUGUGAUCAACGUGUAUUUCCAAUUCUACCUCGAUUUCAUUUUGACCAAAGCUGUGGUUUAUUUCUGCAAACGGCUUGUACAUUCAAAAUAAUGAUGAGUGUCAUCUUAGUACACAUUAAAUAAUAAUGCUGUAAAGAUACACAACUUCAUUUUCCUUUCCAAAGCAUAUAAUUAGCAAAGACAUUUGGAAAAAUUCUCCGUCAGUUGGAGGUAUUUAGGACCUGACCUUAUGGAAGUCAAUGCACGCCUGCUGUCUCUCCACAUUACACUGACUCAACACAUAUUUUUGAUUUCUCAGGACACAACUCUUGUCGUCAUUUAUCUUAUUUUUAUUAAAAUGGAAAGAAAGAAAUUUUAAAAAAUGGAAUUAUUAUUAUUAUUAUUAUUAUUAUUAUUAUUAUUAUAAGUAUCUCAGGACGGCACUAUUUAGGUCUAAAGUCAGACAUUUAAGUCAAAAGUUUUAAAAUAAUACAUUUCUCUGAGCAAGGCUUUCAUUAGAUUCUACAAACUGUAUAUUAUUCUGGCUAUUUAACUUUAAUACUGUUGGCCCUGAAACUGAGUUUCUUAACUAAAGUGAGAUCAAGCACUUUUGUAAACAAAGUAAUCUAUAUUGAACCUAAUUACAACCACUAAUGUUACAUCACAGAUAGGGAUGUAUGAUAAUGACUGGGGACGAUAAAUUAUCGGCUGAUAAUGGGAAAUAGAUAUUAUUAUAAACAAUCCCCAUUAUUAAAUUAUAGCUGAUAAAUAAUUGAUCCAUAAUUGAUUUCAAAUCAAAUCAUCAAGCAAACUGAUUGAUACACUUUAUUUCACUUCACUAGACAAAACAAAUGACCAUUUGAAGAGUCAGAACUGUUGUUUGUUUUUGUUGUGUUAACAAUAAUGAGGUCAGCUAGAUUUGGUUAGAACAGCUUAGACCUUCCUACCAGCAGGUGUGUAAAAACUACAGCUUAUGAAUUUCUUGUUAAAUUACAAAAAGGUAAUCGGUUAUCUUAUCACCUGAAAAACAUCCCUGUUGAGCACCUCUAAUCAUGGAGAUACAUUAUUUCUAUCAAACGUUGUUUUUGUUUUUGUCUUGUAUAGCAAAGAAAAAAAUGUAAUCCAAAAUGCUGUAAAUAAAAUUUGACAUUUCAAUGAA